GCUGUUAUUGGAACAACCCAAAUUUUACAGAAUUUGCUAUAUUUUAAUAUUUUUUCAUCAUAGAAUUACCAUCUAACCAGGCAAUGUUAAAAGAGCAGUUUCUCAAGCUCCAAGAUGCCUUAACAAAUACAAAACAUUUUGUAGCCACAUUAAAUGAGAGAAUAGAGCACUUGGAUGCUGACAAAUCAGAAUUGCAAGAACGUCUUUAUUCCUUGGAAUCUAUGUUUUCCACAUAUAAAGAAAAAGUUACAUCAAUUGUAAAGGAGCAGGAUAAUGUAAUUACACUGUAUAAAGAUUUAUUAGAACAGGGAAAUCUGAUUGGUGGCAUGUUGUCCAUAUCAGAGAGACAGUGUAUUCAGUCAGAGAUUAAGACAGUAAAGCAUAUUUUUGAUUUGGGGAUAAGGGGUAAAGAGAAGGCAAAAGACCUAAUACAAUUUCUUGAUCCUUCCCUUUUUCAAAAUUUGCUUGUUCAAGUUAAAUCCCAGUGCCCUGUGCUAGUCAACAUAUUGGAGCAACUAGUACUUUCAAGUAAUGCAGUCCGUUCCACAAAGAAGACUCCAAAUAUGAAGAUGAAAGCGGCGAUUCAUUUAUUGGCCUCAAUUCUUGAUGUACGCGAUCAGAACGCACGAAAUGAUAUUCCCAUUCUGUUUGGAUUGUUGUGUUUGAGUUUUGGUGCUGGACCAUCCCUAAUUACAGUACUGCAGCAUUUGGGCUUAUCAGAAUCACACCCUGUUUUAAUAUCGGUGCUACGUAAUCAGCUUGAGCAUUACAAGACCAUCAUCUCAAGCAGAGUUGCUUCUAACCAUCCUGUCAUAACAUACCAGGACAAUAUGCAAAUUAUGAGGACAUCGCUGAGACAUCUUAGGCUUUCGAAAUUGCACAAGGAGAAGUUGAAACAAGAGAAGAUAUGGGAUUUCACUGUUCGUGGUUGGCGAGCUGCCGACACAAAUGGAAUAGAGAACUAUUUCAAGGAUCCCAAUACUGCUGUGGAACCACAGGGUGAAGUGUCCACCAUGAAAUAUGAAGACACUAAACUUGAUAAUAAUCCUGAACACAAGCAGAUUUGGGAGGAGUUCAAGGAACGCAAUCUUCUUCGUAAGAUGGAUGUGGCGUUCAAUUUAGUUCCGUGCAGAAUUGAUGAACUUAAGAAUAAGACAUCGACAGAUAUAAGAAUGAUUGCAGAAAACGAUGCUGAUGAUGAGACAAAAGAAUUUGUCAUAGAUGUACCGCCAUUAAAACAAGAGUUCCCGGAACUAGCAUGUCAAAAGUCGCAAGUUUAUCCCCUGCCGCUGUCGUUUGAGAACCAAUGCACAACUAUGGGAACAGCAAAUAAUCUCUCACUUUUCAGUGAAGAGUUCAACUUUCCUUGCAAACCCGCCGAAAAGUAUAUUCCAAUGAGACAAAACGCAGCCAAUUUUAAUCUGGAGGCCGCGUAUGAAAGAUAUGCCUUUCUUAAAUCUUUGGAUAAACAUAAGGACAAACAACGAGAUAUGAAAAUAUUUUAAGGAAAAGAGGUGGUGAAUCUGCUGAUAAAGACAAUGUCCAAGUGCUUGAUAAUUCAAUUAUUGGAGUUUUAGAUAGUGACAGUGAUAGUGACAACUUUUCAGACUAAGCUAUGGCUUAUUAUAACAUAUUUUGACACAUUUGGAAACAUUCUAUCCAUUAUUUAUAUACCGUUGUUGUAAAUCCAGGUCCCGUAAUUUGUAUCGGUUAAGAAGUUUAGGUUAUUAAGGGGCUGUUUA